AUACUUUUCAGUUUUUUUUACAUUUCUGAAUAUUUCUUCAUACUUUACAACGACAUACAACAAAGUUUGUAAAUAAUCUAUGUCGAAUGAAAGAUCUCUCAGUGUUCGUGAAAGGGUGGAAGACACUCUUGCUGCUCAUCGCAAUCAACUCGUUUCUCUCCUCUCCAGGUAUGUCGCUCAAGGGAAUAGAAUUAUGCAACCCCACAAGCUGAUCGGCGAGUUGGAGGGUGUUGUAUGUGAUGAAAAUGGAUGUCACAAGCUGAGAGAUGGACCCUUUGGUCAAGUAAUUAAAUCCACACAGGAAGCUAUAGUUCUGCCUCCAUUUGUAGCAAUGGCAGUUCGGCCAAGGCCUGGCGUUUGGGAAUACGUUCGGGUUAAUGUAUCUGAACUAAGCAUCGAACAAUUAACUGUUGCUGAAUAUCUUCGUUUUAAGGAGGAACUCGCUAGUGGGGAGGUCAACACUCCGUACAUGCUUGAGCUUGAUCUUGAGCCAUUCAAUGCUUCAUUACCACGUGCAACCCGGUCCUCAUCCAUUGGCUGUGGGGUUCAGUUUCUCAACCGUCACCUUUCUUCAAUCAUGUUCCGCAACAAAGAUUCUUUAGAGCCAUUACUUGAUUUCCUCCGACGACACAAAUAUAGAGGCCAUGUUAUGAUGUUGAAUGAUCGGAUACGAACUGUAUCCAGACUCGAGUCUGCCCUGGCGAAAGCAGAAGAUUACCUUUCUAAGCUGCUGUCAGACGCACCCUUUUCUGAGUUUGAAUACGAUUUGCAAGGAAUGGGAUUUGAAAAGGGUUGGGGAGAUACUGCAGAACGUGUUCUAGAGAUGAUGCAGCUUCUCUCUGAAAUCCUUCAAGCUCCUGAUCCCUCAAGCCUAGAGACAUUUCUUGGUAGAAUUCCAAUGAUAUUCAAUGUUGUCAUUUUAUCCCCGCAUGGAUACUUUGGCCAAGCAAAUGUAUUAGGCAUGCCCGACACUGGUGGCCAGAUUGUUUACAUACUUGAUCAAGUGCGUGCCCUAGAGAAUGAAAUGCUUCAGAAACUAAAGCAACAAGGACUAGAUAUAUCUCCCAAGAUUCUAAUUGUCACCCGGUUAUUACCAGAUGCAAAAGGUACCACAUGCAACCAAAGGCUAGAAAAAGUUAGCGGAACAGAACACACAAAUAUAUUACGCGUUCCUUUCAGAACUGAGCAUGGUAUUCUUCGUAAAUGGAUCUCAAGGUUUGAUGUAUGGCCGUAUCUGGAGAAAUUUACCGAGGAUGCAGCAAGUGAAAUUUCUGCUGAGUUACAAGGCAAUCCAGAUCUUAUAAUUGGCAAUUACAGUGAUGGGAAUCUUGUCGCAACUUUGUUAGCUGCUAAAUUAGGAGUUACGCAGUGUACAAUUGCUCAUGCCUUGGAGAAAACAAAAUAUCCAGAGUCAGACAUAUUUUGGAAAAAGUUUGAUGAAAAAUAUCAUUUCUCAUGCCAAUUUACCGCUGACCUGCUAGCCAUGAAUGCUGCAGAUUUCAUUAUCACUAGUACGUAUCAGGAGAUUGCCGGAACGAAGAAUACUGUUGGUCAGUAUGAGAGCCAUACAGCUUUCACUCUUCCAGGCCUGUAUCGAGUUGUUCAUGGGAUUGAUGUUUUUGACCCCAAGUUCAAUAUUGUUUCCCCUGGAGCAGACAUGGGCAUUUACUUUACAUACUCUGAUAAGGACAGGAGGCUAACGUCUUUACACUCUGUGAUUGAAGAGUUGCUAUAUGAUCCCGCUCAAAAUGAUGACCAUAUUGGUUCGCUAAGCGACAAAUCAAAGCCUAUAAUUUUUUCAAUGGCAAGGCUUGACAAGGUCAAAAACAUCACAGGGCUGGUAGAGUGCUAUAGUAAAAAUAAAAAAUUAAGGGAAAUGGCAAACCUUGUUCUAAUAGCUGGUUACAAUGAUGUAAAGAAGUCCAAUGACAGAGAAGAGAUUGUAGAAAUACAGAAGAUGCAUGAACUCAUCAAGCAAUACAACUUGAAUGGUAACUUGCGUUGGAUAUCAAGCCAAACCAAUAGAGCACGCAACGGCGAGCUCUAUCGCUACAUAGCUGACAGAAAGGGCAUCUUCGUACAGCCGGCAUUUUACGAAGCGUUUGGGCUAACAGUGGUGGAGGCAAUGACUUGUGGACUCCCCACAUUUGCCACUUGUCACGGUGGCCCUAUGGAAAUCAUUGAAGAUGGUGUUUCGGGAUUCCAUAUUGAUCCAUAUCACCCUGAAAAAGCGGCUGACAUAAUGGUAGGAUUUUUUCAGCGGUGCAAAGAGGAUUCAAAAUACUGGAGUAAAAUUUCGAAUGGAGGGCUUCAAAGGAUAUACGAAAAGUAUACAUGGAAGAUAUACUCUGAGAGGCUAAUGACACUAGCCGGAGUUUACAGCUUCUGGAAGUAUGUUUCGAAACUAGAAAGGCGUGAAACAAGACGAUAUCUUGAAAUGUUUUACAUUCUCAAGUUUCGUGAUCUGGUAAAGUCCGUCCCUUUGUCAACUGACAGUUAGCCUUGCCAGAGCUGGAGAAACGUUUUCUUUUAUAACUCUGAUGUGAUUAACUUAAACAGAGUUGGAUCAAUAUGUGUAGAAUAAAAAUUUGUAGCAAGAAACAUAUGAGCAUGCAAAAGGUGUGCCUCACAGUGGGAGAUGUCACAGAUGUGGAUCAAAUACUACUUGGGCUUUACUUGCCUAUGAACACAUAUUUAUUUUUGUCAGACACAGAACACAUUCUUUUAUUGUUCACUCUUAUUAAUGUAGGAACAUGGUUGCCUUU